UCUUCCUGCCCUCCCGAUCUCGCCCAGCCGAGGGUUCCUCGGCGGCCAAUGGCGACCACCAAGAAGAAAAGCGCAUCGCUGCUGACGGAGAUCCCCGACGAACUCCUGGCGGAGAUCUUCCUCCGGCUGUCCGACCCGGCCGACCUCGCCCGCGCCUCUGUGGCCUGUGUCUCCUUCCGCCGGCUCGUCACCGACGGCUCCUUCCUCGUCAGCUUCCGCAGCCACCAUGCCCCGCUCAUCCUCGCGCUCCUCGACAGAGACGGAUUCCACCCGGCCCUGCCGCCUCACCCCUCCGCUCCCGCAGCCCGCGCGCUCGCCCUCGUCGCCGACUUCACCUUCUCCUUCCUCCCCGGCCACUUCCGCUGGUUAAACCUGGACGUCCGCGACGGCCGCGUCCUCCUCUCCCGCGGGUUCGAAGAAUAUGGGCUGCCGGGAGUCUUCCGGGAGCUCGCGGUUUGCGACCCAUUGCACCGGCGGUACGUCCUGCUUCCCCAACUGCCUGACGACCUAGCCGCUAUGGUGGAUCGCCUGCUCACCAGCCCUUUCCUCGUCCCCCUCAGCAAGGACGAGAUGGCGGCUGAGGAAGAGAUGGCAUUCAAGGUGAUCUGUUUGGCACACGGCAAAACUAAAGUGGCUGCCUUCGUCUUCUCUUCGAGCAUCGGACAAUGGCAAGCUGCCGCAUGCAUGUUUUGGAGUGAUUUGGCCCUUGACAUGGUUGACUCGGCCACGAUGUCACGGACCAACUCUUGUUAUCUCAGGCGCCAUUAUGCUUAUGGCUGCUUCUACUGGGACUGGCUAGUGAUCCACAAGAAGCAGUUGCUCGUGCUUGACACUAGAAGGAUGGAGUUCUCCAUUGCCAACCUCCCACCCGGAGGAUGGUGCACACAAGGUGUGGCCAUUGUUGAGGCAGGGGAAGGCAGGCUCGGCAUGUUUGGUCUCCAUGGUGAAACUGCAUCUGAUCUCACUUAUGCCGUUGUACGAAACAGAGGCGAGAGCCCAAGCCAGUGGCAAAUGGAGAAGACAAUCUCACUAGAUUCUGGGUACCGGUGUUAUAUCAAAGCUGUAACAGAGAGAUGUUUGCUAUUUAUGAGGACAAAAGCCUUGCCGGGCUCACCUCGACUCAUUGAGUAUUUCACAAUGGACAUCAAGACAUUACAGCUACAGAGGGUUUGUGCGAAACAAUGCAAGACUUGGCUGCCCGGGAUAAUGAUAUAUGCCCACUUGUUUGAAACUGGGGUAUAUACCAACUUUCCACCAUCACUGUUGCCUCCACGGACAGUUUGAAGUGAUUCAGUGUGCAGACGUUAUCAGAUCAGCUUUCUGAGUUCAAAGCAACGGUGGUUUUGAUAGCGUGCAGUUCUUGCAGAUGUGAUCACCGUUUCUGACAAGUUGGCACGUACCACUCUAUAGUAUUUUCACUUGGCUGUCGUCAUGUGUAUGUUGUUCUUGUUUUCAUGCAACUUCUACCUUCGGUUACUGUAACAUCAAUGUGCCUGCUCUGUACCUAAGAAUGUGGUAGUGAAACUAAAAGUUUCAGUCAAUCAACAACCGUGGUAGAGCUAGCUGAUGU